AUGAGUAACCGUCAUGAGAGAGUCUGGGGCGGGAAUCUUCCACCUGGAGUUUUCGCUCGAGAAGACGUUGAUGCAAGUACUUAUAUCGGUGGAUUAUUAGCUGAGGAUGAAUUGGACUGGAUGACGCUGUUCAAUGUAUCAACAGGCACAACAAAAGAGAUUUCAGGAGGAAAUGCCAUGGAUGGAUUUUUCACUGGCAUUGUUAAACUUCGUUCCGUAACCGAAUUUGACUUGGGGAAACUGAUUGAAAGGUAA